AUGGGAACGUUUUUAAAUAUCAGUAAAAUCCUGGAGCUCCGAGGCCCACUGAGCCCGCCGCAGGUGGAGGCGGCCGGAGGCGACAUAGGUGGCCCGGACCGGGUCCUCGGCGUCCGCGCGCUGACCGGCUGCGUCCUGUGCGUCCUGAUCGUCUCCACUCUGCUGGGCAACACGCUGGUCUGCGCCGCCGUCAUCAAGUUCCGCCACCUGCGCUCCAAAGUCACUAACUCCUUCGUGGUGUCGCUGGCGGUCUCCGACCUGUUCGUGGCCGUGCUGGUGAUGCCGUGGCGCGCGGUCUCCGAGGUGGCCGGCGUCUGGCUCUUCGGGCGCUUCUGUGACACCUGGGUGGCUUUCGACAUCAUGUGCUCCACCGCGUCCAUCCUCAACUUGUGCAUCAUCAGCAUGGACCGCUACUGGGCCAUCUCCAGCCCGUUCAGAUACGAGCGCCGGAUGACGCGCAGGUUCGCCCUCCUGAUGAUCGGCGUCGCCUGGACGCUCUCGAUCCUCAUCUCAUUCAUCCCGGUGCAGCUCGGCUGGCACCGCGCGCACAACUCCAACCGCACGGGCCCAGGCGACUGCAACACCAGUCUGAACCGGACCUACGCCAUCUCCUCCUCGCUCAUCAGCUUCUACAUCCCCGUGGUCAUCAUGGUGGGCACGUACACGCGGAUCUUCCGCAUCGCGCAGACCCAGAUAAGACGCAUCUCCUCUUUGGAGAAGGCUCCAGAAGCCCGCGCGCAGACGCAGCGGCUCUCCACCUCGACGCAAACCGAAAGCGCGCUGAAAAAGACCUUCAAGCGGGAAACUAAGGUUCUAAAGACGCUGUCCAUCAUCAUGGGGGUGUUUGUGUUUUGCUGGCUGCCGUUCUUUGUCCUGAACUGCGUGGUGCCGUUCUGCAACUCGGACCAGCCCGGAGCCACGCCGUGCGUCAGCGACACCACUUUCAGCAUCUUCGUGUGGUUCGGCUGGGCCAACUCGUCCCUGAACCCGGUCAUUUACGCGUUCAACGCGGACUUCCGGAAGGCCUUCUCCACCAUCCUGGGCUGCAACCGAUGCUGCUCCGCCUCGGCGGUGGAGACGGUGGACUUCAGCAACGAGCUGGCGUCCUAUCACCACGACACCACGCUGCAGAAGGAGCAGUUGACGACGGGGGGUCCCGGGCCGCAGAGACUCGUCCCGGCGCACACGGCCGGGGAGCUUCAGCAGAACUUCGACAAACUUUCCGAAUAUCCCCGGAACCAGCGGAAUCUGCUGCUCCCCGCCCUCCUGCAGUUUGAGUGCGAGCCGGAGAUCUCUUUAGACAUGAUGCCCUUUAGCUCCUCAGAUCACAACGACUGCUGUCAUAUUCCGGGUCAGAUCCAGGACCUUUGA